AUGCUGUUCGAAGACGGGCAAUAUGUCUUCGAGUCAUGCUCCUCGAUCUCCGAAACGCACAGACUUCGGCAUGCCGAAGCGUGAGGGAGCUUGAUUGCGGCCUUAGGCCUUCGUAGCUCAAACGCGCAACCAACUGCGGCCUCCAACUACAUGCACGGUUGAUGGUGUUUGCAUGCAAUUGUUGUCUCUAGCGCACCGACUAGACUUUUGCACUCUCUCCGGGAACAGUUCCAGAGUCAAUACAGGAGAGGACAGAGACCCUUCGAGAGUCAUCGCAGAAGGAGAAGCCUGUACAGGCUCGCACCAGCCAUGACCUCCAUAGGCACGGGCUACGAUCUCUCAAACUCCGUCUUCUCUCCCGAUGGCCGUAACUUCCAAGUCGAGUACGCAGUGAAAGCGGUCGAGAAUGGCGGCACAGCAAUCGGCAUCAGGUGCAAAGACGGCGUGGUGUUAGCAUUAGAAAAGCUCGUCACUAGCAAACUCCUUAAGCCCAAUGCGAAUAAGAGGAUAGCGACUGUAGAUCGAAAUAUCGGCGUGGUAAACUCUGGCUUGUUACCCGACGGCCGACACUUCAUUUCAAGAGCACGCGACGAAGCUUCAUCGUGGCGCAGCACGUACAAAGCACCCAUUCCCAUUUCUUCUCUAGCCAACCGCAUGGGCGCCUAUGUUCAGGCUUACACACUCUACUCAUCCGUACGACCCUUCGGCAUCACUGCGAUCGUCGGUGGAUGGGAUGCAGAGACUGAGGUCUCCGUUGAUGGCGCCGUUGGUUCAGGCCCGAAGAUCGGCAGCGGAGGCAAGACACCAGGUGUGAAGGAAGGCGGACCAUACCUGUACAUGAUUGAGCCGUCAGGGCUGUACUGGGGCUAUUACGGUGCAGCGACGGGCAAGGGCAGACAGGCGGCCAAAGCAGAGCUAGAGAAGCUAAAGCUCGACCCGAAAACGCAUGGUGAAGGUGUCAUUACUCUGGAGGAGGGAGUGAAGGAAGCGGCGAGAAUCAUCUAUGUCGCGCAUGAGGAUAGCAAAGACAAAGACUUCGAAUUGGAGAUGACGUGGGUCAGUGCCGUAAGUGGUCCUACGAAGGGGCGGCAUGAGGAGGUGCCAAAGGCGCUGAGGGAGGAGGCAGAGCGUUUGGCGAAGAAGGCGUUGGAGGGUGAGGAUGAAGAAGAGGAGGGCAAGAUGGAGGAAUGAGUUGUGGUUGGGUGUGCUGACUGUAACAUACGGCAUUGUACCUUUAGUGGCAUAGCAUGGCGCGCAGCGGGAGUAAUAUCGCAGGCCAUGUGCAAGCUUAGGUGGACAUCAUACGGUCUCGCCGGCGUCCAUUCCAUAGAGAGACACUCGCCAGCCUCCGGACUUUGCUCCGCUGCUUGUAGAGCAGACUGCAUAGCGGGUCCGAAGACCUUCAAAGGCUAAACCACGACUUGCCCUCCUUCGCCUUCGCCUCCUUCAUCUCUUCCAGCUAUGACUCUGUCAGCACUUUCCCACAUGUCGCAGGCAUAGGUAAACAGAGUCACAUACCCAUCGCUGCUUGCAAUCCCUGUAAGCAGUGAAGAAAUCGGAGCACAUCCCGC